AUGUCUACGAAUAUCCGAUCGGAUCGGCUGGCCAGAUAUUUUGGAGCAGUUCUUUAUGGAAAGGAGGAAGUCCAGAAUCUCAGCAGCUUCAAGCGGUUCAUCGAAGCUAUUCUGGACCAGAAAGAUCGCUGCGUUGCAGUUGAGAGACUCAUCGCAAGCCCAAGCGCUCUCGGCGCCCUUCGGAGUGGAUUGAGGUUCAACCUUACACCGGUCUUCGUCAACGGUUAUACUGCGAAGUUCAUCCAAUUCUUGAACCAUCCGGAAGUAAAGCUUCUGGGCAACGGCCUGUUUCUCGAACAACUUCUCCUUAUCAUUUUGGAGCCUCGCACCCUCUGGACUUCGUUUGUGGAGGCUUUUUGUACCCGAAAGCUGGAUGAAGAUGGGACGCAGGCCCUAUGUUGGUUGACCACCGAGCUACUGUCAUUGCCCACUUCAUCCGCGGUGGAUAUCAGGGCCGAUGCCCAGGCCAUUGUGGAUGAUGGUUCGCUUUUUUUGUCGCCUUUGAUUCAUCUGCGAAACCAAGGGCAUAAGAUCAAGUACCUCCUGGAGAUGAAGACCUCUGCAGCUGCUCUACCCUCCUCCGAAAUCACAGCGGGCGGUCGGCAUAACAAUGACUUUCCUGAUUUCCGCUUGAUAGCCAUUUUGCCCACUGCUGAUGAGAUGGGAUGUACCGAGAAACCCUUCUACCGAGGCGUGGAUGAAAUCGCACAUCUAUCUGGUAGCCAGCGCAUCGCCAGCCAUGUUGACAAUCAGUUUCGUCUUUUGCGAGAGGACAUGCUGUCGGGGCUCCGCGAUGAUUUUCAAAUCGCAAAUGGCACAAAGAAGGGGCGGCGGUCUGCAUUCCGCAUCGGAGGUCUCUCUCUGGCUCGUGUCUGUUCCAGUUCGAGCGAGCAAAACCAUCUUCGGCCAUGCAAGGUAGGUGUCACCGCCAGGUCAGGCCUUGAGAAGCUCAAGAACCUACCAAAAGAAGACCGAAAGACAUUCCUGAAAAACACCCAUCACUUUGUUAAGCACCAUGCGUUUGGAUGCUUGAUUCGAGACACGGAAAUUGUGGCUUUUGCUACAAUCGAAAGGGACAUUGAUGCCCUGAUAUCUGAUCCUCCUGUAGUCAUGCUGCGAAUUGCAGGCCAGGAGGCACUCAAGAAAUCACUCCUUUUUCUCAAGCUUUACAACGAUGUGGACUUUUUGGUGGUUGACACACCCAUUUUUGCCUACGAGCCCAUUUUGAAAUGCCUACAGGAGAGAGUAGAGUUUCCUCUCACGGAAGAGUUGUUUCUUUAUGAAAGAGACCAACCGAUGAAGGAGUCAAGUUUGGCUCCUUGGGAGGUGGUCAACGAAUUGCAGGAAAUGUAUAGACGCAAUAUCCAAGACAUCCUAAAAACCUCCCAGCCCAUUACAUUGGACCCAUCGCAACUCGAGUCUCUGCUGGCAGGAUUGACUCAAAGACUGAGUUUAAUUCAAGGCCCUCCAGGGACUGGAAAAUCAUUCAUAGGUGCCCUUCUGUCCAAGGUCCUCCAUGACCACACCAAACACAAGAUACUGGUUAUGUGCUACACCAAUCACGCUUUGGAUCAGUUUUUAGAAGACUUGCUGGAUAUUGGAAUCGAUCCCUCGGACAUUGUUCGAAUGGGAUCCAAGUUCACGACAAGAACCCAGCCGCUGACCCUCAAGGAGCAGAAGUCAUCCCACAGGAGGGCUCAAUCGACCUGGGAUACUAUCAACACACUCAAUAAUGAGGGAUCGAACCAACAGGAUGCCUUGGAAACUUCUUUCCAAGCAUACCAGAAACUUGCAGUCGAUGCUGCAUCUAUACUGGAUUAUCUGGAGUUCGAAGACCCUGAGUACUUUGAAGCGUUGACCGUCCCCGAGGACGAGAGCGGAAUGAGCAUGGUUGGUAAGGGUGGAAAGGCAAUCAGUAAAGACUAUCUUUAUGACCAGUGGACGAAAGGACAAAUCCCCAAGCUUGUCUAUGACUUGCUCCCCGACCGCUGCCACAGCGUGUGGGCGCUAGAGCAGAAGGUGCGAGAUGAGAAAGUCCAAUGCUGGAAACGGGCUUUGCUUCACGAGCAAGCUGCAUCUUUGGCCGUCGAAAUGGCAUUGCUCGACAAGUGUGAGAAAAAGCUGAGCGCUGCCUUGGGUGAGAGGACCCGGGAGAUUCUGAAUCGAAAGCGAAUCAUUGGCUGUACAACAACAGCUGCCGCAAUGUAUUCUGAAGAUCUCCGACGUGCUUCUCCUGGGAUCGUGUUACUUGAAGAGGCGGGUGAGAUUCUGGAGUCUCAUGUUCUCACAGCAAUAGCCCCGGAGACCAAGCAUUUGAUCUUGAUAGGGGAUCAUCUGCAACUCCGGCCGAAGAUUAAUAGUUAUGCCCUGAGCACUGAAAAGGGAGACGGCUAUGACCUGAACGUGUCUCUAUUUGAGAGACUUAUACAAGCUGGGUACCCGCACACAACACUGCUGAAGCAACACCGCAUGUGUCCCGAGAUCUCAGGGCUUGUGCGCAGACUUACGUAUCCCGGAUUGGAAGACGCCGAGUCAACCCAGACCCGUCCCAAGCCACGAGGGCUAUGCAAUCGGGUGAUCUUCUUCAACCAUUCACACCUCGAAUCAGGCUUCGCAGAGAUCUCUGAUCGCCGAGAUGAAGGUUCGAAAAACUCCAAGCAAAACAUCUUCGAGGCAAACAUUGUUUUGAAGAUUGUCAAGUAUCUCGGACAGCAAGGAUAUGGAACAGACAAUCUUGUCGUUCUCACGCCGUAUCUUGGUCAGCUCUCACUUCUGAAAGAGACAUUGAGCAAGCAAAAUGAUCCUGUGCUGAAUGAUCUUGAUUCCUACGAUCUUGUGCGCGCAGGGCUCUUAUCACAGGCGGGCGCCAAUCACUCCAAGCGUCAACUUAAACUUUCGACCAUUGACAAUUACCAAGGAGAGGAGAGUGAGGUUGUCAUAGCAUCGCUCACUCGAAGCAACAAAAGCGGCGACAUAGGGUUCAUGGCUGCCCCUGAGCGACUGAAUGUCCUGCUUUCGCGGGCCCGAGAUGUCCUGAUAAUGGUGGGAAAUUCGGAGACUUUUGUCUCUAGCAGAAAGGGACAAAAGGCCUGGAAGCCACUAAUCGAUCAACUCAAAGCUAAUGGGCAACUAUACGAUGGAUUGCCUGUACGGUGUGAGAAACACCCUCAAAAAAACGCGAUCCUUCAGACAUCAGAGGACUUCGAGCGGGAAGCCCCAGAUGGAGGAUGCUCUGCACCUUGUGGUGUGAAGCUCAGUUGCGGACUUCACGAAUGCCAAUCCAAAUGCCAUCAGCUUGUGGACCACUCCAAAAUGACAUGUACAAGACUCGUGAAAUGGGACUGCCCGCGUGGUCAUUCUUUAUCGCUCCCGUGUGCCCAGGCCAAACGGGCAUGUCGCUUCUGCGGUCAAGAAGAUCUUAUAAAGGAGCGCAAGCGUGAACGUGAUCUUAAACUAGAGGCGGAACGGCAGAGAAAGCAAGCUGCGUAUGCCCAGCAGCUCGCGGAAGCUCAGGACGAAGCUUCCCAUUUGAGGCGUCUGCGACGUGAUGAUCUCGAUAACGCGGAGCGUAGUCGAGUUCUUGAACAACAUCACCAGGAGAUCGAGGCUUUAAAAAAUCCUCCGAAAGUGACGAAAAAUGCAAAAGAUGCCAUUGAACACGAGGGUGCCAGGGAAGUACCAGCAAGUCCGAGCUUCACUGGGAUAGAUACUGGAGAAGACACCAGAAAGCAACCUCGAAUUGGCAGCAAUGAGCACAGCGAUAGAUCAAAGCCACAAGCGAUGCCGAGCCAAAAGCCUUCAAAGGCCAGAAGCGACUGGGACCAUCAAAAGAAGUUUCUCAAUGCCCAGAGCCAUGAAAUCGACAAGUUGAUGGACAUGAUCGGACUAGAGUCGGUGAAAGCAAAGUUCUUGGCCAUCAAAUCAAAAGUCGACCUUUCUGUCAGGCAAAACGUCGAUCUAAAUCGUGAGCGAUUUGGAUCUGUGCUGCUUGGGAAUCCUGGGACUGGCAAGACGACGGUAGCCCGCCUCUAUGCCAAAUUUUUGGCGGCGGUGGGAAUCAUUCCUGGACACACAUUUGUUGAGACUGCUGGGUCAAGGCUGGCAAACGAGGGUGUUUCGGGAUGUCAGAAAAUCAUCGAGAGUCUCCUCAAGAGUGGGGGAGGGGCGAUUUUCAUUGAUGAAGCCUAUCAGCUUGUACAAGACAGCAGCUUUGGAGGAAGCCAGGUCGUCGACUUCCUUUUGGCUGAGGUUGAGAAUCUCACAGGAAAAAUCGUCUUCAUUCUUGCGGGAUAUCAGCGACCGAUGGAAAAGUUUUUUGGUCACAAUCCUGGACUCUCUAGCCGUUUCCCACACGAGCUGAAAUUCCACGACUUUGACGAUAUGGAGCUGAUGCAAAUCUUGGAGAGGUGGAUCGAAGAGACAUAUAAGAAGCAAAUGAAGGUCGAUGGUGGCCCCGGGGGCCUCUACUGCCGCAUUGCCGCUCGCCGAAUCGGACGUGGGCGCGGGCGUGAGGGCUUCGCAAAUGCAAGGGCUGUUGAGAAUGCCAUGGCAAAGGUUUCCGAGCGACAAUCCGAACGGCUCAGCCAGCAGAGACGGCAAGGUUUGCGAGUUGACGACUUUUUCCUGGAUUGGCAGGAUAUGAUCGGCCCAGAUCCAUCGCAAGCGCUGAAAUCAUCGAAAUCGUGGCAGAGACUGCAAGACAUGAUUGGAUUGGAUGCCGUGAAAAGGACAGUUGAAGCCCUUGUGGGCACAAUGCGCUACAACUAUUGUCGUGAGCUUGAUGAACAGCCCCUGGUUGAAUACAGUCUCAAUCGGGUCUUCCUCGGAAAUCCUGGGACUGGAAAGACUUCAAUCGCAAAGAUCUAUGGCCAGAUCCUCGUGGACAUCGGCUUCUUAUCUAAUGGCGAAGUGGUGGUGAAGAAUCCAUCCGACUUUGUGGACAGCGUGAUAGGAGGGUCAGAGAAAAACACGAAAGGAAUCCUCGCGGCUACAUUAGGCAAAGUUUUGGUCAUUGAUGAAGCUUAUGGGCUAUUUUCAGGAGGGUCAUCGGAUGGUACAGGGGCCAGGACUGACCAAUUUAGGAGUGCUGUCGUUGAUACCAUCGUGGCCGAUGUACAGAGCACACCUGGUGAUGAUCGGUGUGUUCUACUUCUAGGUUACAAGGACCAAAUGCAGCAGAUGUUCCAAAAUGUCAACCCAGGCCUCAGCCGGCGCUUUCCCAUGGACCAGGCCUUUGUCUUUGAGGAUUUCACCAAGCAAGAGCUGGAUCUUAUUCUGGAUCUAAAGUUGAAAGAACAGGGAUACGGUGUUACCGACCGCGCUCGGCGUGUGGUCUCAGAGAUGCUAGAGAGGGCUCGAAAUUGUCCUAAUUUUGGAAAUGCCGGCGAGAUUGAUAUUUUGCUCAAUACAGCAAAGAUGCACCACCAGAAGCGGAUUUCCUCCAGCAGAUCCAAGAGUCGCACCGCCGACGCUAACCUCGAUGCCGCCGACUUCGAUGAGAACUUUGAUCGCGCGGACAAGAAUGACGCCAGCGUUUCCAAAAUGUUUGAAGGGGUGGUGGGAAGUGAAAACAUUGUUGCUAAACUAGUUGGUUAUCAGCAGCUGGUGAGAAACCUAAGGCAGCUGAAUAUGAACCCUCGGGAGAAAUUGCCGUUCAAUUUUGUCUUUCGAGGACCACCGGGAACUGGAAAAACAAGCACAGCCAGAAAGAUGGGGCAGGUCUACUACGAUAUGGGUCUGUUGGCUUCGAACGAGGUGGUCGAGACCUCAGCAACGGAUUUAAUAGGUCAAUAUAUCGGGCAAACCGGCCCAAAGACCCAAAAGUUAUUGGAGGGUGCCCUUGGGAAAGUCCUGUUCAUAGACGAAGCAUACCGUCUUGCGGACACGAAAGGAAGCUUUGCUAAAGAGGCCAUGGAUGAACUCGUGGACUGCAUCACGAAGCCGAAAUUCAGCCAAAGGUUGAUCAUAAUUCUGGCCGGCUAUGAUGCAGAUAUUAACCAGCUCAUGACGGUCAACCCUGGUCUAACCAGUCGCUUCCCGGAGUCUAUUCAAUUCCAGCCGCUAUCUCCCAGGGACUGUAUUCAGUUGCUCCAUGAGAUCUUGUCGAAAGAAAAGAAAGAUCUUUUGGAUAAAUCACAGGUGGAAUUCGAUAUCACCUGUUUGCAAAGACUGGAUCCUCAACUGACGAAGGAGAUGUUGCAUCGCUUUGACUUUCUUUCACGAACGGCAAGCUGGGCCAACGCACGAGAUGUUGGAACUCUGGCAAAGGGCAUUUUUGCGAAGGCUUUGAACUCGCUUCAAGCACCCAAUGGAAAGAAGUUGCUAUUGAGCAAAGAAAUAGUGGUUGAAGAACUCGACUCCAUGCUCCAUGAGCGGUCUAACCGCGAGAACCAGGCGAUGCAGCGUUCUUCGACUGCAAUCAAACUUGGAGAGCAGAAGAGGCUUCCUUUACGCUCUGAAUCCGUGGACCAACCCGUGACCAAAGUGGAAAGCAACAAAUUCACUAAAGCAGACAUGGCAGCCAGCGCCGAGUCAAACACGGCGAUAGAACCAGAGAUACAACAGCAAGCUGCAGCUUCGGAGCGCGACCCUGAUGUUACAGACGAAGUCUGGGAGCAGUUGAACAAAGACAAAGCUGCGGCAGAAGCAACAGAAAAGGAGGAAUUGCGUGUGGUAGAAGAGGUGCAAGAGCAGAAGAAGAAGAUUCUGGGGCUGAAAGAAGAAGAGGACAAAUCGGCAAGAGAGGCCGAACAAGCAAGAAGAGAAGCGGAUGAUGCCUUAAGGAGACGUCACGAGCAAGCCCGAUUGCAGCAUGAAUUGGAACGGAGGAGACAGGAGGCAAUCGCCCGAGAACUUGAAAAGCAGCAAGAAGCCAUGGCCGAGGCCCGUCGCAAGGAACAAGCUAACCAGAAUAAACUAAGGACAAUGGGGGUUUGUCCUGUGGGAUAUCGAUGGAUCAAACAAAGUGGAGGGUAUCGAUGCGCUGGUGGAAGUCAUUAUGUCUCGGAUGCUCAACUGCAAUGA